AGCUGACGUUUAUCGUCAGACGACUGAUAAACAGGGAUACACACACAUAUAUAUAUGAGGACAUUAUAUACAUUUUUACAUUUAUUAUUGAGUAACUGGACAUGAAGCAAUCUGUAAAAAUUUCAAGGAAAACCUACCACUAACAACUAGAAAACAUCUUGAGUGCUACCAAUGCAAAACCGACUUCCAUCCGGUCGUGGCAACAUCCGGUCACGUGACCACCAAAUCGAGAGUGACGACUGUUGUGUCGCCUGCUGUUGCUGCUGCUGUUCAAUAUGGCUGUAUUUGUUCUGUUGCCGCAGCAUGAAAAGGACGUUACGGGUGAAGUUGUUAUGGGCUUACAUGAUGAUUCUUGGGCUCACAACAGGAGUCGUGACUGGUGUGGUAUUAUUCGGCAGUGUUGAUACAGAAAUGUCACUUUCUGACAUGCGUAUUGUAGAUAGAAAACUAUCAUCAGUAUUUUGUGACAAUGUGGACAUCGAAAGCGAAAAUUUUGAUUCAAUGUUUGAUGCUUAUUUCAUGAAACACAAACCUACAAUUCUUCCAGGUAUACGAGAAACAUAUAAUGAGACUUAUAGUAAGUUUAUCGAAGAGAAAUCUGAUGUUUACAAACAGUUUUACCUGCUAACAGGAUCGACUGUAAAAAUAACUGGACAAGUUGAUUCAUACAUUGAGCUCAGCUUAAUAAGAGGUCAAGACAAUUUUGAUAAGUAUCUCGACAGUGAUAUGCAAUGUAUAGAAUGUGUUCUGGAAUGGAGGAGUAUGUUCAAAUACGGAGUCGAAAAUAUAAAUUUCGACAUUAUGGACACAGAUCUUUACUUCUUUGUAUUUGUGAGUCGUCUGGAGGAUACUUGGAUAGACCUUCAUUUCAGACUUCGUCGAACAGUAUAUGAUACCAGUCAGAAUAUAGGCUAUUGCCCGGAUGCAACUUCCUGUGUAUUUGACUUUGAUAUGUCGACGUCCGAAACGCCCGUGGUUUUAAUACAUGCUAAAGCUAGUAAUAAACAGCAUUUCGAUGUAGAACCUAUCACUAUACAAACAUCGUGUGUUGGGAGAAGUUGGUUAUUUGUUAUAAUUUUCUUCGGACUACCUACUUUUUUAUCUAUCAUAUUAAGUAUUUUAAUUAUCAGUCGUUGUUCCGAUCCACAACCACAACAGGAAUUGCCGCAAAAUUCUAGAUAUCCAGACGAGAGGACCCCGCUACUAUGGGAUACCAUCCGGGCUCCUGCAGUAGUAGUACUUCCGCCGAAAUAUGAAGACAUAGUUCGAGCAGAUAAUAAUCUGCCGUCUUAUGAGGAGGCAACUUCAAGCAACACAAGCAUCCAACCUAGUAAUGUCAAUAUUGUUGUUCAGCAGCCGUAGCAGAUGAAGACUAUAUUCUGUGAUAUUGAAGCAGAUAUUUUGGCUCACAAUAUAUACAGCCAACCGGUGACUGUCGGUCAGCUUAGCAAUUCAUUCGAGUUAGUUAAAUCAUCAGAGACAUGUUGUGUUUUUACUUUUUCUUUUUCUUUUUUUACAUUCGUUACUUUUGAAAGUUAAUCAAAUAAAAAACAUCAAGCUUAAGUUAUAAAAAAUAAACAAUAACAAAAAAUGGUCGUACAUCAUUUUAAUUUUUUUUUUAAAUGUGAUGACUGUUGCAUAAAAAGUCCCAAUUUGAAGCAUAAUGUCCAAGUUGGGCUAGCCAAUGAUCUGGUUUAAAGUAUUUGACCUCCAAUCAAAAGGUUGUGCUAUAAGUUUUAUAAUUUGAAUAAUAAAAUAAUGGAGAUUUCGCACAUGUUGAGGAGUCCUUUCUGGUGCAUGGUAAGGGUUGGAAUUGGUAUUUCAAAACCAAAACAAAAGGCACGUGGACACCAUCAAAACUGAAUACAAUGUUCAAUUCUAGUUAGUCUUCUUAUAGAUAUCUGUAUAUGACUAAUUGUCUUUUUUUUUUUCUUUUUUUUUCUCCUUCAAAAAUAUGUUUUCGUUUGGACCAUUUUUGUUUGGUAUGACGGAUGCACCAUAUGUCCCCAUAUUCAAAUCAAUGCUUGACAUUACUUAAAUUUGUUAGAGCCUUCGCAAAAGAAGCCCAAGAUGUGCGUUCGUGGGCAUUUCAUGCGUUGUAGACUGAAUACAAUUACUAUAUCACUGUUGUACAAAUAUGUCUUGUUCUUUAUGUAAGCGUUCCCCAUAUUGUUCCAUGGCUGGUAUUUAUAAAUAUACACAUUUACUGUUUCAGUUAUUUUAUAGGAUGGAGAUAGGAUGGAUGUAAGAACAACUUUUGUUUCUUGUCCAGAUAAAUUGUAAUAAACACCUCAAAGGGAUUACAAGAGUGUUUCAUAAUACUUGUCUUAUUCUUAAGCGGUAGAAUUUUUAACAGUAAAAAUGGAGAAAAAUGAGGACUAUUCAGUAGAAGCUACAAAUAUCAUCAUUUUUUAAAUUUUAUAUAUUACAAUAGUUCCGCCAUUCAACAUCAGUCAUCCAUUGCUCAAGUUUCAGAAAAUAUAUCUCGCACCAAUGCUCGAUAUGACAUCCUCUUUCCGCCUUGGCAAUGUGAAUUAUCUCCUUGGAGCUUCAAAUCACAUCUGCGCAUGAUUUUUGCUGAUAGAACGGAUUUCUCAUGCCCUUAAUGGCAACUUUCACCUCAUCAGUAUUUGCUGCAGAUUGCUUAUAUAUUGUAUCUUUGAAAUAUACUCAGAAAUUCCAGUGAGUUCAGAUCUAGGAUGGUCAUUCCCAUUUCGUUGCGAAUUUUGAGGGAAAUCAGGCGACCCCCAAACGUUAGCGUCAGCCAUGGUAUGUGUUGCCGUGUGUUGGAAUGUGCCGUCCUGUUGUGAACAUACAGAGUUGAUAUUCGCUUAAAACAUCAAACUAGGCUUCUUUCUGACCAUGUAGAUUUCUAAUGUCUUUUUCUAAAAGUUACGUCUCUCAGUGUCAAAAUAUCUGUGUAUUAAAUUUAAUGCCAGAUUUCGAUCAAGUUUGUUUAAAAUUGGCUACAUAUAUCAUUCAUAUACUCUUAUCCAGAGAACAAAAUGAAGUCGCAUAUGCUCUGAUAAUAUUUGCAAUUGGAAAUAAGAUAAAUUAUUCUAAAAUUCCAUUCGCCUACGUCCAGUAUCGCGAUCAACUGGAACACACAUACCAAAUAGGUUGCAGUCUCGUGAUUGGGUGACCCUAACACCAACACAUGUACAUCGCAAGCUGAUAACACGGGUACAGGAGUGCAAGAUUCUGUUCAUCACGAGGUGCUCGAGGAUUUAGACACCUACAUGUAUCUACAUACACCCAUGACCCAAAAUGUCAGACAAUGACGGAUAUGGUUGUUUACAUGUGAGUGAUAUUCUGACUCAGCGAUUAUAUUAUCAAGGGGAUACGACAUGGUUAUGAAAUAAUGAACCAAUUGUCAUGACACGAGUGAUCAUUGCACCAUUAUUUGCUUUGUUGCAAAAAUUGCUAUGGCUUUCCAAACAAGUUUUCUCGAAAUUUAGACUCUUUGAAAAAAAUAAUUUUUGUUUGUUUGUUUUUAUUUUUUUUUUUCAAAAGAGAUAUCUCAAAAUAAAAGUGAAAACAAUGCCACCAUUCCUUGUGAAUAUUAAGUGGUUAUAUGAAGAAUUAUACUUUAGCGCUGAACAAUACCUACAAGUGAUAGUUUUAAUUUUUUGGGCAUUGCUUAUUUUAUUAGCAAUAUUUAUAUAUAUUGUCAUGAAUCAAACCUUUCUUGAUGUUAUAUAUUAUGAUAAAUAUUCAAUGGCUUUUAUGCUAUGAAAGAAUAAAAGCACGACCUUAACAUAGAAAUAAAAUAUUACAACACA